AUGGAGCGCCCACCGAUGCCCAAGCUAGAAACCCCCGACGACGCGGCGCCGCAGCCGCCGACGUCAAGGAAGAUACCCCUGCCGCGCAACCCACGAACCCCCGAGGAGAUCAAUGCAUUUUUUCCGCCGCCCAGCGACGCCGCGCCGCCGCAGCCGCCGGCGCCGCCGCCGGCGCCGGCGCCGCCGCCCCCCCCGGCGGCGGCGGCGGCGCGCUGGACCUUCGAGGCGCGGCAGCAGCUGUCGCUCGUGGUCUCGGGCCUCCCGCCGCCGUGCCUCCAGGACGUCGUCACGAUCAUCUUCGGCCAGCAGACGAUCCAGAACGGCGACGAGUUCACGGUCGACUUCGCCAAGCUGGGUGUCACGAUCUGCGACCGGCUGCAGGAUUAUGUUGAGCAACAGGGGACGCGCGUCAUGCAGAUGCAGGCCGGCGAGCCAAUUAAUGAUGUGCCCCAGAUCCAGCGCUCGCCCGUGAGCGACGAGCCCCCGCCGAAGCGCCAGAAGGCGGCCGAGUCCGGCACGGUCGGCGCGGCCGUGCGCGGGCGGCUCCCGGGGCGCGUCGUCCUCGACGCGAAGCUCGACACGGCCCGGGGCGCGCACUCGGUCGUCGCGGCCAAGGGGCGCCUCCACCUGCUUUUGGACGACGCGUCGCUCGGCUUACGGUGGCUCGACGCGGACGCCGCCGAGGGCCACUUCCGCGAGCACCGGGCGGGCGUCGAGGCCGCGGCGCGCGUGCCGCGCGGCGCGUGUUUGGAGGUGCUGGGCUGGCUGCGCCAGCUGGACGUGUCCGAGCCCUUCGCGCGGCCCGUCGAGGGCGUCCCUAGGUACACGGAGCUCGUGAGCGACCCCGUCGACCUGGGGCUGAUCCAGCGGCGGUUGGAGGGAGACGGGUACAGGGAGACGGGCGCGGCGGGCUUCGCGGCGGACGUGAGGAGGGUGCACGCGAACGCGGCGCUGUACUGCGAGCCGUCGCCGAACGCGGACGACGUGGUCGUAUAUAGGAUGGCGCAGGUCCUCCGGGCGGCCUUCGAGCACAAGUGGCGCCAGGUUCUGGAGGCGAACAUCGGCCGGGAGACGGAGGCCGGGGCGACGUUCGCCGCGGCGGACGAGGAGGUCCGGAAGGAGGCCGGCGACGACGACGUCAUGGAAUUGCAGCACGUCAAGCCCCACGCGGGCGACCCCGAGGCCCUGGUGGAUAAGAGGGUCGAGGUGCACUGGCCGCGCGACAAGGUCUGGUACGCGGGCGUCGUGACCGAGUAUCGGGCGAAGGAUGGAAGGCACCGCGUCGACUACGACGACGGCCACUCGGAGUGGCUCGAUUUAAAUAGACCGCAGACGGUCUACCGCAUCGUCGGGUCGUCGACGUUCUCGGACAACAAGCCGCAGCAGGACGACUCGCUUUUGUCGGUACAGAAGCUCGGGGUCUUGGUCUGGGCCAAGUCGGGCGCGCACCCCUGGUGGCCCGGCGAGCUCUGCCUGCCGGCCGCGACCAAGUUCAUGGAGGCGCUACCGCCGCCGCGGCCGGGCGCGCGCAUGCCGCGGCAGCGCAUGGUCAUCUACUUCGGCGAGAACCAGUUUGAUAUAUUACCGGAGAACGCCGUCGUGCCGCUCGAGUCGCGGCCCGAGCCCCGCGGCAAGGGCACGGCCGACCUCGUCAAGGCCUACGAGCUCGCGCUCGAGCGCGGCCGCGAGCUCGAGAAGGCCUGAUCUAGGUUUCCCGCACGGGGGGUAACCGAGGAAUCC